UCAGUUUCAGUAGACACCAGCCGACCACAGCCAACACAGACUCAAGAUGCCUUUCAAGCCACACUACCUGUUGGUCUCCCUGACUCUCUGCUGGUUCGUGGCUCUUCAAGCAUUCCCCAUGAACGGCUGUGCUGCAUGUCAGAAGUGUCGCUGCAUCCGGACGUCCUCUGCUUUCAUCUCUCCUAGGCAGUUCCACAGGAUAGAGAUCCUACCUCCAGGUGCCCACUGUCGUCAAACAGAGAUCAUCGUUACCAAGAAGGACAAAGCCACCGUCUGUGUGACUCCAGAUGCAAGAUGGAUCAACAAAGUCAUUGCCAAGUUACAAAGAACCAACAAGAAGAAGAGAAGUGCAGAACUUCCCAUCUCAACCACCAUUGAGUGAAUUGGAACAGGAAUGUAUCAAGUUGGAGCUAAAUGGAAAUGUGAUGCCAAUGUGAUACCAAUGUAAUACCAAUGUGAUGCCAAUGUAAUACCAAUGUGAUACCAAUGUGAUACCAAUGUAAUACCAAUGUGAUACCAAUGUAAUACCAAUGUAAUACCAAUGUGAUACCAAUGUAAUACCAAUGUGAUGCCAAUGUAAUACCAAUGUGAUACCAAUGUGAUACCAAUGUAAUACCAAUGUGAUACCAAUGUGAUACCAAUGUAAUACCAAUGUGAUACCAAUGUAAUACCAAUGUGAUACCAAUGUAAUACCAAUGUAAUACCAAUGUGAUGCCAAUGUAAUGCCAAUGUGAUGCCAAUGU